AUGGCUCCAAUCGCUUUUGAUACGUCUUCUAAUGAUGCAAGCUUGUUCCAUACCGGAGAACACACUAAUCAUACGACUAAAGAAACAGUAAAAUAUUUUUUAAGUCAAGAGGAGCAGCCGCAGCAUGUUCAACAAAACCAAGAGCCAUGUCAAAAUUCUCGCGAAUCAUUACAACCUGAAGAAUUGCUUGAAGUUCCACAAAAAGAAAAUGUGCAAAACCAAACUUUUAAAGUUUUGGAGGAUCAUACUUUGGACCAAUGUUCACCUUCACAACACACUACCCAACACGAAGUACCGCAGCAGGAAGAUAAAGAGGAUAAUAAAGAACGUGCAAUGAAUAUCAACGAUAUGGAAGAAACUACCGACUCACAUAAUUCGGAAGAAAAAUUGUUAAAAGAUAAUGAAGACUAUGAAAUGGUUUCGAGGGCUGUUAAUGUUUUAAAAUUCCAAUUGCAACAAGUAAAAGAAGAUAUUUGCAAAUUGAAAUCAAUGAAGGAAAAGGCCAUAAAGGACCCAAUUCAAUUUGUCGAAGAUUUGCGCAAUGGGACUAACGAAAAGGUUCCUAAAAGGCAAUUCAUAUUUGGUGCACCAACAAUUGAUUGGAGCAAGUAUCAUACCACACCUUCAAAAUACAAAGCGCGUAUAGAUCAAGAAGUAAUGAAAAGUUCCAAGGAGCGGGUGAACCCAUCUUCAAGUGAUAGGUCACGAUCUGGUCGAGAGUCCUCACCGGACAUUGUUGAAUUUGUUCACCAAAAAGCUCAAGAACUUGGUUUCAAAGUUCCUCCAAACGCGAUAAAAUCAACGCGUUCUAAGAAAAAAAGAAUUGAUCAAAGUAGCGAUGACGAAAGUACAUUCACACUUCCGUCGGAAGCAUAUAUAAAUGCGCAAGGGUCAACGCCGUUGAGCUUAAAAAGAAAACAAAUGCCAGCUCGGACUACGUCGAAUAAAGCACAGUGUUUAAAUUCAAAUUGUUCUACAAGAAGAGGAGUUCGGUCGCAUAGAUUCAAAAAGAUUGCAAACUGCUUGAAGGCUAGAACUCCAAAGCAGGUAACCAGCCGGGUACAAAAAUAUUUUGCAAAAUUGGCAAAAUAUGGAUUACCUGUUCCUGGACGGAUACCUAGUUCUGCGACACCGACAUCUUUGUCAAAAAAUACAUUAACAAAGGAUAAAAAAUCGGGCAGAACAUCCAAGUCAGAUUCAUCCAAGCUUCCUCCAGAAAAACGACCUCGACGGCCACGUGUAUCUGGAAUAGCUUAUAUGGAAGCACAACCUCCACCCACUUUAUAUAUGCCUGAUGAUGAUGAUGAAACUGUCAUUAAGGAAGUAAUGUUAUUAAUGGACAAGAUAGGCAAUGAACCCAAAUCGUACAAUUACGCUGGUGGUGCCGUACAUAAUGGAUACUGUUGUGAUGGUUGUCAUAUGGAUCCAAUACUUGGUACGCGUUUUCUUUGUAUGAAUUGCGAUGAAAGUCGAGAAGUGGAUCUUUGUGAAGAUUGUAUGAUUGAAGGAAAAUUUGAAAAUGAACAUCAUAAAAAAUCGCAUCGGUUUUCAGCAAUUGUUAAUCCCACAUCGCAACGUUUUGAUAUGGAUUAUGUUCCUGAACAAGUUGAUGAAUACAGCUAUUUAGAUGCUACACCCGCUGAACAAUAG